GAUGAUUGGCUUUCAGCGAUGUCACACUAAUCUGACCCGAUCCCUUCUUCCGUGUGUUUGCUGCUCUUAUGUGCUGUGCUAGUGGUACAUUGAAACGAGGGAUUUGUUGAUUUAUUAGAAACAGAGAAGAUGAGUCCUGGUCAGUGGGAUCUCCCUCCAGAGCUCUGUUGCCGACCAAUGGCAUUUGUUGCUUUGACUGGUCUUGAUGUGGUGUACAACGCCGUUCACAGAGCCAUUUGGGAUGCUUUUUGUGCAAACAGAAGAGCGGACAGAGUCCCAAUUUCCUUUAAAGUCCUUCCUGGAGACCACGAGUAUCCAAAAUGCAGAACAAAGAGGUCAUCUUAUGAAUGGUAUAUCCCUAAAGGUAUUCUGAAGACAGGCUGGAUGAACAAACAUUUAAACCUUGUGCCUGCUCUAGUUGUGGUGUUUUAUGAGUUGGACUGGGAUGAAACUCAGUGGAAAGAAAAACAGUCAGAAUGUGCAACCAAAGUAGAAAUUGUCAGGACAAGUUUGCAGGGCCGGAACACAAAAGUUGCUGUUGUUUUAAUUCAGAAGAAAACUCCUUUACCACCAGGUGAAGAUGUUGUUGCAUCAGAAAGAGCAGCUGCUCUUUGCAAUGCCUGUGAUCUUUCUGGAAAAUCUCUUUUUGUUCUUCCACAUACUGAUCAUCUUGUUGGUUACAUUAUUCGGUUAGAGAAUGCUUUUUAUGAGCAUGCUCAAACAUAUUAUUACACUGAAAUAAGGAAAGUGAAGUCCCAUAAAGAAUUUCUGAAUAAAACCACUCACCAGCUUCUGUUUGUGAGACAUCAGUUUAAGAUAGCAUUCUUCAGUGAGCUGAAGCAAGACACACAGAAUGCCCUAAAGUAUUAUCGGACUGCUUACAACCUUGUUCAUGAAUUGAGAGCUCAUGAAACAAAUAUGUUGGAAAUAAAGAAUAUGGCUGGAUUUAUUAACUACAAGAUAUGCCGACUUUGUUUUCAACACAGCAUACCACUGGAAGCUAUUGCGCAGUUCAGGAAACACAUUGACCUUUGCAAGAAAAAAAUUGGAAGUGCAGAGCUGGGUUUUGAGCACAUUGCCUGGAUGUCUAAACAAUUUCAGUCAUUUGGUGAUCUUUUUGAUGAAGCAGUCAAGUUGGGUCUUACAGCAAUCCAGACCCAGAAUCCUGGAUUUUAUUAUCAGCAAGCUGCAUAUUAUGCACAAGAACGAAAGCAACUUGCAAGUCAACUAUGCAGUCAUGAGGCAUCUGUCAGUUAUCCUAGUCCUGAUCCACUGGAAACACCUAAUGGAAUGCUGGAUUUUUAUGGCCAAAGGCCUUGGAGACAGGGGCAUCAAAGUAUUGAUCCUCCUGACCCAGAAAAAGAAAAGAGUGGCAUUUUAGCUUUGCAGCUCAAAGAAAGGGAUGUUCCACACUCAGAACUGAUUAUUGCACUUCUAAGCAGUGCAGUUGCUCAAUUUAAAAAAUAUAAAUGUCCAAGAAUGAAGAGCCAUCUAAUGGUACAGAUGGGUGAGGAGUAUUACCAUGCAAAAGACUACACAAAGUCGUUAAAAUUGCUCGAUUAUGUGAUGUGUGAUUAUCGCACAGAACGUUGGUGGACACUGCUGACUUCUAUCUUGGCAACAGCUCUGAAGUGUUCUUACUUAAUGGGACAAGUUAAAGACUAUAUUACAUAUUCACUGGAACUCAUUGGAAGGGCUUCUACACUUAAAGAAGAUCAGAAAUCACGAAUUGAAAAGAACCUUAUCAAAGUGUUAAUGAAUGAGUGUCCUGACACUGAACCAGAAUGUGACCCAGCUGCUGUAAAAACUGCACAGAAUCUCUGGGCUGAUCGUGUAUCACUUGCUGGCAACAAUGACUUUAUAAUUGAAGUGCAGGACUAUGUGCCUUUUGUUCAGUGCAAAGCCAGAUUUUUGUCUCCUAGUUUUCAUGUAGAUGUUCCUGUCCAGCUGCAUAUAUACUUAAAAGCAGACUGCCCCCAUCCUAUCAGAUUCUCCAAGCUGUGUGUGAGCUUUAAUAAUCAGGAAUAUAACCAGUUUUGUGAAGUUGAAGAACCCUAUGAAUCAAAUGAUAUCCUGGAGCCUUCAGGACAAGGAAAUAUGUGUUUGGUUCCAGGAAAAACAAGAAAAUAUCAUUUUAAGUUUGUGGCAAGGACAGAAGAUGUCGGCAAGAAAAUUGAAAUUACUGAAAUAGACCUCAUGCUGGGAAACAAGAAUGGGAGGUAUAUGUUUCUUAAGUGGCGUGGUGGAGGUGGGGAUGCUGCUUCACCUCAAGAGGCAUUGCAGGCAUCAAGGUCCUUUAAACGCAGGCCAAGACUUGCAGACAAUCAAGUGGACUGGGAUUCUGUAUCUAUUCAGGCAAAUACAAUGGUAAUUUCUCGAAUUCCAAAGGUUUCAGUGCAACUCCAUCAUGAACCACCUGCUUUAACCAAUGAAAUGUAUUGUAUGAUGGUCAACAUAGAGUCUCAGGAAGAUUCACUAAUCAGAGACAUCAAACUUACUGUGGGCCUAAAACCAGGUCAGGAUGCUAAUUUAACACAGACAACACAUGUCACAUUAAAUGGAACAGAAGUGUGCGAUGACUCCCAUCCUGCAUUGCUUCAUGACAUCUUCAUUGGAGAACUGCACCCUGGACAAAAGAUUGUAAAGCCAGUGUAUUUCCGUUGUGUGACAACUGGAUCAAGAAUAUUUUUAGUACAUGUAUCAUAUAUGGUGAAUACAUCUGUAGAGAGUAAAGAAAUCCUGUGCAAAUGUCAUAAGGAUGAAACAGUUAACAUAGAAACAGUAGUUCCAUUUAAUGUUGCUAUGAAGUUUGUUUCCACAAGGUUUGAGCAUCUGGACCGUAUGUAUGUUGACAUCCCCUUCCUCUUAAUGACGGAUAUACCGAGUGCUUCUCCUUGGCCCCUUAAAUUGUUCUCCAGUCAGUUGCAACUUACUUCUUCAGUGGUAGCUGUUGAUAACUUAGACUCCCAGAUUGAGGAAGUUGUUUUACAGACAGGGGAAAGUGCCAGUGAAUGUUUCUGUGUAAAAUGUCCAUCAGUUACCAGUAACACUAGUGGAGUAACAACUGGCCGUUACACUAUUUCUUGGAAAAGAGAGUCGAAUAAUGAAAAGCUUCCAGUUGUUUGCACUUCAGUAACUCUACCAUGUAUAACAGUGGAAGCAAUUCCAUUAUAUGUUCAUGCAGAUUUGCCAUCCUUUGGUCGAGUGCGGGAAUCCCUGCCUGUAAAGUAUCUUAUCCAGAAUCGAACCAGCCAAGUGCAGGAUGUGGAGAUGUCUGUAGAGCCUAGUGAUGCUUUCAUGUUUUCUGGUCUAAAGCAGGUUCGCAUGCGUAUCCUGCCCGGCAAUGAACAAGAAAUGCUAUACAACUUUUACCCUCUAAUGGCUGGCUAUCAGGUCCUUCCAUCGCUUAACAUUAAUCUUUUGCGUUUUCCAGGAGUUAGUAGUCAACUCCUGAGACGCUUCUUGCCAACACGUAUAUUUAUCAAGCCUCAAGGACGGCAAGUUGAUGAUGCAUCAAUUGCAGCUGCUUAAAAUAUACAGUGAAGGAAAUUACACAGCAGUCAAAAAAUAUUCCAAGCAGCAGUUUGUAUUAUUUAUGGCCCUUUUAUGAGUUUAAAAUCAUCAUGAGAGCAAAUGAAAAGUUGAUUGACUUGAAGUGUUCAAUGCUUUUUAGCAGCGUAUCAAAAUUUCUGCUACAUUGUGAUACGAGUGUUUUUUGUUUUUUUGUUCAUUUGGCUCAUGGAACACAUACCAUAGGUAAUUGUAAUACAUAUGAAUAUAAUGACAAUAUUAAGGAGUAAGUGUUGACUUAAGUAUCUUUUUUUUUUUUUUUUUUUAUAAUAGUUUUGGCAGUUAACAUGAUCAUGUCAAGGCUGUACUAACUGAAAACAAAUUUAAUGCUGUAAGAACAGCAGAAUCUAUUAAAUGUAUACAUCUAUAAUGAUAGCUGUUUUAAAAAAUGUAACAGUUGUGUUGAAUGUUAAAUGAAUACUCUAAAUAAAGGAGUUUUGUACUACUUAUACUACAGGCAACACCUCCCUCUCUCUCAUGUAUAGUUUAUCAUUUUCUAAUACUCAUUAUUAACACAUGACAUUUUAAACCAUACGUUAGUAUGGUACUUCCAUAAUUAUAUGUCCACUUUUCAAAAAUUGUUUAGUUGGAUAUAUUUUGGUGCAGUACACAUAAUUUGUGCUAUUCAAAGUGUCUGUUUAAUUUUAUUUGUCAUAGCCUAUGUUUUGCACCUAAAAGAAAAAAUUGAAUCUGAAAGUUAAAAUUGUUUAAUAAUCAUUGUUAAUUCAUUUUAAUCAUACCACUUUCUGAAGCAAAUUAGCAUGUGUAUGGUUUAAAGGGUUUUUCUAUACUUUUAGAAAUGAGAACCUGAGUCCAUUUUGUCUUUGCAUUGUACAGAAAAACUGAACAUUAAUAUAAAAAUGAUUGAUUAUAUAUAUUUUAAUGUUAUUAUGUUUAAUGAUAUUUUUUCUUUAUUGUAAAUUGUGUAAAUUAUUCCGUGACUACUUUGGUGCAGUUACAGCAUUUUGCCAUUAAACUUCAUGCAAACUAAAGGUUGCCUUUAUACUUCUUGUGUCCUUAGUCUGUAAUACAUGUAGUUUAUUAAUUGCUGUAUUAAAUAAACAAAAAGAACAUGUAAAAUAAACUUAUAAGGGGGUACAUAUCCCAUCUUGAAAUUAUUAACCUACCUUGAAAAAAGUGCAUAAAAGAUGGUAUAAACUGCAUCAGUAUAGAUGGCUAUUGACAGCUUUCUUUUUAUUAAACUGUAUUCUUUUA